GACCGGUUCAGCCAAACCGGUCCGACACAAACAGAACAGUUCGACGAAUGUCCAAUGUAUUUUUCUGCUGCAAGGUGAACGCAGUUGCAGAGCAGCAGCACAAAAGUGAAAGAUACUAGGGCACGACUCUCUCUCUUCUCCGCAGAGAAAGAGUGAGGUUGAAUUACGAAAAUGCCGUUUAUAUCGAAGAUACAGAGGCAGUCGGAUUACAGUAGUUUCCCUCCAGACCAUCCAAUUGUUAUCGACAAUGGCGCUUCCUAUUUCCGAAUUGGAUGGGCAGGAGAGAGCGAACCUCGAGUUAUUUUCCGAAACAUCAUUCAGAGGCCUCGCCAUAAGAUCACUGGUGAAACAAUCACAGUUGUCGGGGACCAUAAUCCUGCAUUACUGAAAUAUUUUGAUUGCACUAGGUCAGGACCUCGCUCGGCUUUCGACGGCAACGUUGUUUAUCAAUUUGAGAUAAUGGAAUAUAUCCUUGACUUUGCCUUUGAUCGAUUGGGUGCUGAUCAAUCACAGAUUAACCAUCCUGUCUUGAUUACUGAAUGUGCUUGCAACCCACACCAGUCUCGCACUAAAAUGGCGGAACUCCUUUUCGAGUCCUAUGGAGUUCCAUCAGUAGCCUUUGGUGUUGAUGCAGCAUUUAGCUACAAGUACAAUCAACAACUUGGCAUCUGCAGUAACGAUGGUCUUGCAAUCUGCUCCGGAUUUAAUACGAGUCACGUUAUCCCGUUUUUGAAUGGAGAACCUGUUUAUGAAGCAUGCUGUCGGACUAACAUUGGUGGAUAUCAUGUCACUGAUUAUCUGAAGCAACUUCUUUCCCUUAAAUACCCUCAUCACAUGUCUCAUCUUACAUGGGAAAAAGUGGAAGACCUGAAGAUGGAACACUGUUAUAUAGCACUAGAUUACGCAUCAGAAGUUCGACUCUUUCAGAAAGGGGACAAGAAAGCUGAAGAAAAGACGAGGUGCUGGCAGCUUCCUUGGACUCCUGCACCAGUCGAGGAGGCCCCGUCAGAGGAAGAAGUUGCUAGAAAGGCAGCUUUAAGAGAGAAGCAGGGGCAAAGAUUAAGGGAGAUGGCUGAAGCUAAAAGGAUUAACCGAAUAAACGAUCUCGAAAACGAAGUACGAGACUUGGAAAUGCUGUUACAGAGGCUAAGGCAUGCAACAACAGAAGAUGACGUCACAUUGAUCCUUGCAAAAUCGGUACACAAUUCAAAACAGGAAGUCGAAUCGGCCUUUUCAAAAGCAACGCUAUCUUUGCGCAAAGCAAAGGGAGAGCCUGCUGAAAGUGUCGAGAAGGUGGAUUCUUCCUCGAGCGAAAAAUACAAUCUUAUUAGUGUACCUGAUGAGAUGCUCACGCCUGACCAGAUUAAGCAAAAACGGAAACAGAUAUUCAUCAAAUCUACAUCCGACGCACGGCAGCAGAAAAAACAGAGACAGGUCGAAGAGGAAUUGGAGAGAGAGAGACAAAAGAAACUAGAGGAAGACAGACGCUUAGAGAAUCCAGAGCAAUAUUUGGAGGAGUUACGAGCGAAGUACAGAGAUCUUUCCGAGAAAUUAGAGCAGCGAAAGAGACUAAAAACAAAUCCUGGACAAACAAACGGAAAUAAUAAUAAUAAUAAUAACAAUAAUAAUCCAUCCGGAGGGGUAGGUCGUGGAGAGAGAUUGAAUUCUUCACAGAGGGAGAGAAUGCGUCUGUUGACCACAGCAGCCUUUGACCGAGGCAAAGGAGAGGAUACUUUCGGAACGAGAGAUGAAGAUUGGCAGCUGUACAAGCUCAUGAGCAGAGACAACGACGACGAUGAUGAGGAUGAUAAGCUCGAUCCGUACGAAUCGGAGCUAGCUCGUAUCUCUUCUAGACUCCAGGAAAUAGACCCAACCUUUGUUUUUAAAUCCGAAUCGGGACCCGCUUCUGCAGAGGCGCCUCGUUUCCGACCUCUGACGAAGGAGGAUUUUCAGAUUGUGAUCGGAGUGGAAAGAUUCCGGUGCCCGGAGAUUCUGUUGAACCCCAAUUGGACCGGUGUUGACCAGGCGGGGCUGGAUGAGAUGGCGGGGGUUUCGAUAGGGAGGCUGCUGCUUUUGAAAGUCGGAGAAGGUGUGGAUGAAGAAAGAGUAACCGAUUCGAUUCUACUUAUGGGUGGGAGCUGUCUGUUUCCAGGCAUGAGUGAGCGUUUGGAAGCUGGGAUUCGAAUGGUUCGGCCUUGUGGGACCCGCAUUAAGAUUCUUAAAGCGUCGGAUUCGAUUCUCGAUGCAUGGCGUGGUGCUUCAGCUUAUGCUGCUGCUGCGCGGUUUUCGAGACAAACUUUUAGUAGGAAGGAUUAUUACGAAAAGGGCGAAGAUUGGCUUAGGAGUUACCGGUUGAGGUACACGGUUUGAUGGCGGUGAUGUGGGUUUGUUUUAAUUUUUGUUUUCUUAGAGUGUAUUUGGAUUUGAGAACUUGGAAUGACUCACAAGGAGAUAAAAUUUGAAAUCCACCGUAAUUAUUCAAAAA